ACUAGUUGGCAACUGUUUACAACUGGUAUUCGUGUAAAUCAUUGGCAUUUUUGUUGCUAUGGCAUGAUUAUUUUAUAACUACGGCUACUGAGGUAUGUGAUAGAUAACAUCAGGCAUAUUUUAACGUAUCUAAAGAGUUGCCUUCGUUUGCAAACACAUGAAGAAUAUGUCUGUUUCGUACGCUCCAAAUAAACUCAGAGUUCCACCAGGAUUUCAAGCGUUACUCGAAGGUUUAGCGCGAGAGGUUUUAAGAGAACAGCCGCAAGACUGUGUCGACUUCUGUGCCAAAUACUUCAGACAUUUGAUAGAGCAACGUGAAACCACAGGCCGAAACGAUGCAAAACGAUCGUACGUCAUAGAACAAUUGAAUCAAGGCGAGGAUGUCGAUAUCGAUCUCGACGAUCCCGCUGUCGGCAAUGCUGCCGUUAAAAUCCAAUCGCAGUUCCGUGGUUAUAAGGCAAGAAAAGAGGUCGAGGAAAUCAGGCAGGAACGCGAAAACUCCGAUAUCGACUUGAACGACCCUGAAGUCCAGAAGGCGGCCGUUACGAUCCAGGCUGGGUAUCGAGGGUUUAAGGCGCGAGACGAGCAAAACCAAGUCGGAAAUGUUAAUGACUUGGAUAUGAAUGACCCGGAAUUGAAGGACGCUGCUGUCAAAAUUCAAGCAAACUUCCGAGGAUUUAAAAGUCGUAAAGAAACAGAACAAAUGAGGAAUGCCUUGGACGGUGAUGUGGACAGGAUUGAGCUAAACGACCCGGAGGUUGAAAAUGCCGCAAAAAUCAUCCAAGAUGGUUAUCGCGAGCAUAAAACUCGUACAGACGCCAAGCAGAAUGGCGACGAUAUUGACGAUGCCGAAAUGCAGCGUGCCGCUACCUUGAUUCAAGCCGGGUAUCGUGGUCACAAAUCGAGACAAGAAGUCGCUCAGCUCCGUGAGAUGGACGCCAAAGGUAUUGACAUCGAUUUAAGUGAUCCAGAAGUUCAAAAAGCAGCAAGUAUAAUCCAGUCUGGUUAUCGAGAGCACAAAGAACGCACGAGCACCACGCAGGCAAGCGAGGUUGACUUGAAUGAUCCCGACGUGGAGAACGCAGCAACGGUCAUUCAAGCUGGAUAUCGCGGUCAUAAAGCACGUAAAGAGUUGAAGGAAAGAAAUGAUGAAGUGGAAGGGAUUGAUUUGGAUGACCCGCAGGUUCAGGACGCCGCGGUCACCAUUCAAGCUGGUUACAAUGGUCACAAGACGAGGGAGGAGAUGAGGGAACAAGAAGAUAAGCCCGAGGACGUUGAUAUUGACAUGAAUGAUCCAGAAGUACAAAAAGCAGCAACUGCAAUCCAAGCAGGAUUCCGAGGGCACAUGGCAAGGAAACAACUCAAAUCCCCUGAAGGACAGAACCACCAAGCCAGCGAUGAAAUUGAUUUAAAUGAUCCGGAACUGGGCAAAGCAGCGGUAAAGAUCCAAGCUAGCUUCCGUGGCCAUUUAACACGCAAGAACCUACAACAAUAGUGUACCUGAAGUCCCAAUGACGUACUUUUAAUAUACAUUUUUAACUAUAGAGUUUUAUGGCUGGGGUCGAAAACCAUGUCACUUGAUUUAUCACAUCUUAGCUAUAUUCAGAAAAUUUAAAAAGAAGGAAAAGGCCUUGGGCUAGUUGUCAAAUAGAAAUUCAUUUCAAUUGAAACAACGUUUACUUUUCCUCUAAAUCUGUAAUUGACUUUAAUCUCCAGAUGCUGAGUAUGUUACUACAACGUUUUAACUAGUGUAACCGAAAAUAAUAUUAAUUACAGCAACAUGAAUUUCUAUUCUCCUGUCCAGGCCUUUUUACUCGCGGUCAGAUAAUCUAAUAGAGCAGCAACACUCGGCAGUAUCCACCCAAAACUAGAGCAUGGCAAGUGGCAAUACAGAAGGCAAAAGGAUUUUCCCUAGCUAGCUGGCCUGUUCUUAAAGGCAUUACAUCAUGUUUCGCCUAGCGCAAACACAAGAGCACAUAAAAGGACAAAGUUGCAGUGCGCAUGCGUGAAUUUCCCCGGAGAGUUUCCCCGUCGUGACUGCAUGCCUCAAAACGUUUCCCUUUAAUGUGAUCGUGGCGAGAAAGUAUUUAAAACUUGUUUAAAGACUAAACUAGAGAGAAAAUUGAUUCAAAUUGGAUUUUGAUAAUUCAUCAUUAUUUCUGAAUGUCGUUUUAAAUUUGACAUUCAUCUUCCUCCCUGCGUAUUUUCUCAUUGUUGCUUCUAGCAUGUUCUUAUACUUGCGUUUGUUUCUUAAUGCCCUUUUGGGUAAGAAAACAGAGUAGCUUUUAACUGCAAAGAAAUCUGUAUAGCAAAUUCCAAGACCAAGUGUAAAAGUAAAGAGGCUGUUAAAUACGAGUAAAUAUAUUUAAAAGUUUGAUUCGUUUGAAAUUGGUCGCCAGAUCUGGACGGACCAAUUAUUUAUUUCACCUUUUUGAAGG